AUGAAAGGCCCACAUCGAGCCCUUGCUGUGAUUCCCUUGAAGAUCAGAGAAGGGUGGAGAUACCGCGGUCACGCAGAAUUCAUGGACGUCGGUAGUCCCGUUGCGAUGCGGAAUUCAUUGAGUUCAUCAUCCAGCAAAUCGCGCGGCAUUGAGCCCACGUACAGUGUUCCUGUACCGUACAUUUGUACGGAGCUGCAGGGCACACUGCAGGCUGGUGCGGUCGGUACAACUGGCGGCUUUGCCGCCACCCCUAGAAACCUCAAUCCGCCCGAGUGCCUUUUGCAGUACGAGAUUCGGGACUUUCAGUACCGCCCCUACCCAUACGAUGCACAAACCACACCGAGCCGACAGGCACCGCCGGACCCUCUUACGACGGUCGACGGCUGUUGGAUGCUGUCCGAUCGCAUCUCCAUCGCUGCCCUCGUUGAGCGCGCAUCUCUCUCCUCCUUCAUCUAA